AUGAUGGUCACUAAUAUGCAGCAACAACAGAAGAUGAUGGCCACUAUGAUGGAGGCCAUGGCCCAGAACAUGGGUGUGCCGCAACCGAUGCAACCCGGUCUAACCGCACCCGCAAAUAACGUGAGUAACUUGUUUGAGCGGUUCCAGCGGUACAGACCGCCUAUGCUCGUAGGCACCCACCGCCCCGAAGAAGCGGAGUACUGGCUCAAUCGGGUCACCAAACUCCUUAAGCGUCUCCAUUGUACCGAGACAGAGAGCGUUGAACUCCUUUCCUACCUCUUUGAGAAGGAGGCAGACUUGUGGUGGGAAAGCGUUCUCCGCUCCAUCCUUGAGGGUCACCAAGGGAGCAUGACGGUAGCACAAUAUGAAAAUCGAUUCACGGAAUUGUCGCACUAUGCAUCCGAGAUGAUCGCCAGCGAGGCGAUUAAGAUGAGGCGAUUUUUGGCAGGGCUAAGAAGCGGUAUCCGCUCGAAGAUGUGUUGUGUCAGCAUCAGGACAUAUGCGGAGCUCGUAGAGAUGGCGACACAGGCAGAGCAAGAUGAGGAGCGUGUCGCACGGGUCCGCUCACAGUUAGGGCCACGAAAUAGGGUGGAGGGACCAUCCUCCUCUUUUACAGGAAAAAGGGCGCGCCCUAGCUUGCCACCCCGACAAGCCGCCGCGCCGGCCCCUUCUGCACGACCGGCCUAA